GCCGGUUUGAGGCGGGCACCGCGCGGCGCGGCGCCGGCAUGAAGGAGCUACCGCCGGGCCCGGGGAUGGAGAGCGACAUCUUGGACGCGCUGGAGGCCUUGGGGUACACGGGUGCCCUGUUGGAGGAGGAGGCCCUGAAAAAAGCAGCAGAAAAUGGAUUGUCUUCACCAGAAUUUUUUGAGCUUUGCAUUUGGUUAGGUUCCCAGAUAAAGUCACUUUGUAAUAUGGAAGAAAGCAUCACUGCAACAGAUGGAGUGAAAGAUAUAGAGAGCUUCCAGCUUGAAAUUAGUGGCUUUCUGAGAGAAAUGGCUUGUCCAUAUACAUCACUGGUGUCUGGAGACAUCAAAGACAGAUUAAGAGAGAAAGAGGAUUGUCUCAAACUCCUUUUAUUUCUAAGUACAGAACUUCAGGCUUUAAAGAUACUGCAGAGCAAGAAAGUUAAAGGCUCUCAUUUGGAAAAGCACAAUGAAAUUAUUCAGGAAAUGCAAACUAUUUGUGAAGCACUGGGUCUGCCAAACUCCUCAUCUUCUGGUAUUACUCCCUUGUUAACCAGUGUGGAACAAAAGGUGAAGGACAUUCUCUCCAAAGUUAAAAAUAACCAUGUGGGGAAAUCACUGCUAACAAAACCUCUGAACUCGGACCAAGUGGAAAGAUUGGAGAAGAUCAAUGAUGCUCUUUGCAGUGAGUACGAGUGUCGGCGGCGGAUGUUGAUGAAGAGGCUCGACGUGACUGUGCAGUCUUUUGGCUGGUCUGAUAGAGCAAAGGUAAAAACAGAUGAAAUAGCUCGGAUCUAUCAGCCCAAGCGCCACGCGCUGUCUCCAAAGUCCACCAUUUCACUGGCUCACCUUCUCGCUGCUCGCGAGGAUUUGUCCAAGAUCAUAAGAACCAGCAGUGGCUCAACACGGGAGAAGACUGCCUGUGCUAUCAACAAGGUUCUGAUGGGGAGAGUCCCUGACCGUGGAGGCAGACCAACAGAGAUUGAACCACCUCCUCCUGAAAUGCCUCCGUGGCAAAAAAGACAAGAAGGUGGUGGAAGAGGUGGCUGGGGGGGUGGUGGUGGUGGAAGAGGUAACUGGGGGGGUGGAGGGGGUAGAGGAGGAGGGGGUUUCAGAGGCGGUGGAAGAGGUGGGGGUGGCUUCCAGGGUGGGGGUGGCUUCCAGGGUGGGGGUGGCUUCCAGGGUGGAGGUGGCUUCCAAGGUGGAGGUGGCUUCCAAGGUGGAGGUGGCUUCCAAGGUGGCAGGGGAGGCUAUGGUGGCAGGGGAGGCUAUGGUGAUCCAUAUGGUGGAAGGGGAGGGUACCGAAGAUACUGAAGUACUGUAAAUCUUAACAGAGUAACUGGCAGAAUAUAGUAGUGUUUACUGGUACUAGGAAUUUAGAUAUGUUGACUUGGGUUUAGGUUAGAAUUAAAUAUGACCAUAUUAGUAAUUUCAUUAGACCAACUGAUGUUCUCACUGAGUUCUUUUAGUUAACUGAAGUUUUAUAUUAAAAUCUGAUGACUGAAGUCCUUGUUUUUCAUACUGCUUAUAUGGUGUUUUUUAUGUCAUUUUAUUUAAAAUAAGUCUCAGACAACUGAAUAAAACCCUUUCUAAACAAACAAAAAUAUAUUAAUGGUCAGACCUCUCUAAUUAUUGCAUGUUGCAUGUCUACUCUCCUGCUCCAAAAUCUUGUGUAGAAAAAACAAAGUAGGCCUAAGAACUGGAUGAAACCACUUUUAAAAGACUGAAGAAUGCUGCUUUCAGGCUUGUUCUCUUCAUGUCAUUGUUCUGCAUUCAUAGUUUUCAUGAAAAUGAAUUCAUGAAUUCAUUCAUGUAAAUGAAUUUUAAUUUCAAAUGUUAAAAUCCUUAAGGCUUUGGUGAAAUUUAUUAAAUUAGAUUCGAUUAUUCUUGCAGAACUUCACAUUAUAGUAACAUUGUGAAUGAAUACUCUACAUAAAUUAAUUGAAUCAGGUUGUGUUUUGUGUUCAUACACUCUUUAAUGGUCAGAGCAUGAACUGUAAACUCAUCAUAGUGAGGUUUGAUAGUGUCUUAUUUUCAUUUUACCUGUUUUCCAUUGUGGGUGUUUCAUAAAAAAUAAUUUAAAUCAGACUGGGCAGAAAACCUGUAGGCAUCAUGUCUGGUAUGAAUUUGUGUGUAUAUCCUUGUGUAUCAGCUUUGAGACACAAAGUUGGAACAAGCUGAGCGUUUUAAGAAAGAAGAUAUUUCUUCUCACCUUUUUUUCUUUCCACUAGUUUUUUAAAUUAUCCUGUUCUACCUUGCUGCUCUGUGUUUGGGAAUCACCAGCUGUCUGGUUAGUUAACAAGACACCUCAUGCAGCAGUUGCCAUUUCUCAGUGAUUUCUCUCUCUGCCAACCUAAAAGAAGCCCUAUCUCGACAUGGUAUGGGUGCCUUCUCCCUCACAUUGUUAGUCUAGAAGGAGUUAGCUGACAUACCAUCAGGGCUGUAAAUACAUGUAGACAGGAAUUAAAUUUAGUGCUGUCACUUAAAGAAGUCAGUUUCUGCUGCCCAAUAUCUUUUAGCUCUCCCAUGUUGUGAGGCUGCUCCUGAGAACAGAGGUAGGAAGGGGAUGCUGCCUGAGAAUGUUCUCAUGACAGUGUUUAUCAGGGUCAGGUCACUACAGAGAGAUUCAGGAAGGCAUCUGAUGAACCUGGUGUGUCUGAUGAUUAAAUGGCACAGCAGGCUUGAAGCACUUGUAGGCAUAACUGCAGGUUGAACUUCAGGAUUUGAUUUUGGAUUUAUGUUUCUCAGUUACAUGUUCUUUCUGCACAAUUUCCCUAUUGGUGUCCAUUGGUAUGCUUUAAAGAUGUUUUUUUACCUUCAUAAACAUACAUAUGUCCUGUUUCACUGGCAACUUCAUGCAUGAAUGUAAAGUUCUGUUCCAAAUCAAAUUACUAUCUUUCAAAAGCUUUUCUUCUGUCAUUUUCUCUCUCAUCAGUGUGGUUGAGAAUGCUGCUUCUAAUGUGAUAUAUAUGGCUUUACCCAGGCUUUAGGGUUGCAGCAGGUGCCUGACAAAAAGAAGCAGAAGUUUUGCUUGCUAGAACCUGUUAGCUGGGAUGUGUACUUCUGCAGCAAUUGCUUAAUGUCACCCAACUGCUAGCACUGUAGUUCCUUUGCCAAAUUUUUUUUAUGCUUCUUACUGGCCUAAGCUCUUGGCAGCCUCUGCAGUGGUUAUGGAGAGACCCCACAUGGAAGCACAGUACUGGUUCUCUUGAUUCUGAGCUUGGUUUUUGCCUAAUGCUCUGGAAUAGCUCCCAAACCAAUGACAUACCAAAUGAGACAGCUGGCCUUGGAGCAAAGUGUUGGUAAGCAAAGGAAUAGAGAGCAGCUUUUUAACAACCAAAGCCUUAAGAUUAAAUUCUAUUUGCUCAUCCCAAUGUUUCUUUUUGCUACAAGUAAUCAGCAGUCAAGCAUGUGGCUUCAUCAAGGAACUGCACUUGGAAAAACAAAUUACUUACCUAUGCUUAAAGGUUUCGUUAGUCUUAGGAUUGCAGGAAGAUUGCAGCAGUUUAGUUGGAUUGUUGUAACUGCAGAUGUGGGUGUGCCUUGGUGUUUUUACACUCAUCAGUCCAUCCUGUUUGUUGGUAGGCAGGACAGUUCUGAAUGAAGUAAAUCAUCAAAUGAAGCAGGUACAUGUCCACUUCAAUUCUAACAGUUGAAUUAUUUCAGAAUCAUAUUUCAGUUAUGUCUAUGUAGACCAUGUAAAAUAUGGAAAUACAAAUACACUGGAGGGUUUUUUUUAAUCUGGCCAAUUCAGUCUUUCUUAAAUAACUUCAAAAUGUGAAGCCAGUAGUUAAAAAAUAAAGCACCACCAUAUUUCAUGGAGGUAUCCUUUGCUGUCCUUUUGUCAGAAUGUAUGCUUUUAAUUUCUCAAACAAUGCAAUAACACCAUUAAAGUAAUUGAUUUCAAUCUCAAGUUUUGUUUUGAAAAAAAAGUAUUUUCAAAAAUUCUGUCAUAAGUAAAAGAUUUUCAUAUAUAGGUUUGUGAACAUUUUUGUGUUUAUUUGCACUUAAUGAAUACCUAAGUUAAUAUUGUUUUGUUUGUUGAAGAUCUGAAAAAAAAGGUUGGGGAUUUUUUUCAGGAAUUGUGAGACGCUUUUGUCAACAGCUGUAAACAGUGAGGAAUAAAGUACUGUACUUGAAAUUA